AUGGCGCUGGCCAAAGAAGAAUCUCUUGCAAAACUAAUUUUUAACUUCUCAGCUAACACACAGAAGGCAGGGAAGGCGAAACAGACUAAAGGAUACCUCGUGGGCAGAAGGAAAUUGCUAGAAGAGUACUGGACGAAAUUCAAUGAGGCUCACGACAUCAUCUCAUCAAUGGAUUCAACAGAAAUCAACGAGAAAGAUCUGCAAAGGCUUCUCUCGGAUGAGCGUUUUGCCGAAAUUGAAUCUGCGUACUGCGAGGCCCUUGGAGAUCUCAAUGAGAUAAUAGACGAGCUGUCUACAACUACACAUGAGCCGAUGUCUCAUUCAACUCCGACUCGUCUUGUCGUGAACGGAGGCAUCAGCACAGUUAAGUCGACGCUACCACCACUGCAACUACCCACUUUCGAUGGAUCGUUUGAAGAGUGGCUGAACUUUAAGGAUAUGUUCACCAGCUGUGUCAUCAAUGACAAAAUGCUGUCUGAUAUACAACGCUUACACUACCUUAACUGUAGUCUCCGUGGUAGUGCUACAAGUGUCCUCAAAAACAUUCGGGUUAGCGAGGAUAACUUUCAGACUGCAUGGGACAUCUUAAAAGGCCGCUAUGACAACAAGCGAAAAUUGAUUAAGCAGUACCUUUACGACAUUGUUAAUUUGCCAACCAUGGUGAACGAAUCACAUGUCGUCUUACGUCAAAUACUUGAUGAAAUUACUGAAGCUGUUCGUUCUCUACAGCAUCUAGGACGGCCAACAAACCAGUUGGACGACUGGCUGAUUCUACAUGUGACUCAAAAACUCGACCCUGUCACAAUCAAAUAUUGGGAAACGUCACUUGACAGUCCGAACUCCAUCCCCACCUACCUGCAGCUAGAAAAGUUUUUGGAAAACAAACUACAAGGCCUGGAUGCUAUGGCGGCAUGCUCUAGACCAAAACAAAAUGAGCCCAACCAACAAAAGGCAAUUAAGGCACAGCCAGUUCGAAGUCAUCAAGCAAAUGUCAAUCGGUGCCCUAAGUGUUCUGGUAAGCAUGUUCUAAUGUUUUGUUCUGAUUUCAGAAAAGAAACACCAGCACAGAGAAUGACAUUCGUGACGAAAGCAAAAUUGUGCAAAAAUUGCCUUAAGGCUGAUCAUGCACAACAACAAUGUCGGUCAGACUACACCUGUUUAGUAUGUCACCAAAAACAUCACACGAUGCUGCACAAUAGCAUUCAGUCUCAAGAACCCCACGUCAACAUCAACACAAAUCAUUUGCGAACGAACUCCACUUGUAAUCCAGCUCACCCUGCAAAUUCAAGGUGUGAAAAUUCCGAUGGCGAAUCAUUGGUACAACUAGAACCGGUUCUGCUGGCUACAGCUCAAGUUGGAGUGCAAUCUGCCACUGGGCACAAACUUAAACUCCGAGCGCUUUUGGACAUCGGAUCGCAGGCUACGUUUAUUAGUGAGUAUGCGGUGCAACAACUUCACCUUCAACGAACCUGGCUAUUUAUGCCGGUGACUGGGGUAGGAGGCACAAGUGUUGGAAAGUCAACAGGUCUGGUUGAUAUCUCUGUGAGCUCUCUCAGAGACCCAGACUUUAAUAUUAACUGCAGAGCAUUAAUUUUGCCACAUUUGGGUCCUCUUAUGCCCACUCUUCGUCUUGAUACUAAACAGUUUGGUGAAUUUAUGGAUUUGGAGCUGGCCGAUCCAGACUUUUGCGAACCGGGAUCUAUAGACGUAAUUCUGGGAGCCGAUGUUUAUGGCUCUCUCCUAUAUGGUGAAAUUUUGCAAUCGUCUGCUGGUGCACCUGUUGCACAACACACCCAUCUAGGAUGGAUAAUCUUCGGGCGCUUACCCGAGUCUACAACUAGAACGCUCUCAACAAACUUUUGUGCAUUUUCACAGUCUGAGCUAGCAGAUUUGGUUCAGUCUAUGUGGAAAUUUAAUGAGAACGAAGACGUGGAAUCUUCUUCUAAGAUGACACAAGAUGAACUCUAG